AUGUCAGCCAGAAAGGGCUAUCUGCUCCCUUCGCCAAAUUAUCCCACAACAAUGUCAUGCUCGGAGAGCCCCGCCGCGAACUCUUUUUUGGUCGACUCGCUCAUCAGCUCCGGCAGAGGCGAGGCGGGCGGCGGCGGCGGCGGCGCAGGCGGCGUAGGGGGCGGCGGCUACUAUGGCCACGGUGGGGUCUACCUGCCUCCGGCCGCCGACCUGCCCUACGGGCUGCAGAGCUGCGGACUCUUCCCGGCCCUGGGCAGCAAGCGCAAUGAGUCAGGGUCGCCAGGUGGCGGCGGAGGAGGCGGCGGCGGGGGCCUGGGUCCCGGGGCGCACGGUUACACGCCCGCGCCCUUAGACCUGUGGCUGGACGCGCCGCGCUCGUGCCGGAUGGAGCUGCCUGAGGGCGCGCCGCCGCCCCAGCAGCAGCCGCAGCCGCCAGCGCAACCACCGGCUCAGGCCAGCGCGUGCUCCUUUGCGCAGAACAUCAAAGAGGAGAGCUCCUACUGCCUCUACGACUCGGCUGACAAAUGCCCCAAAGGCUCGGCCGCCGCCGCCGCCGAGCUGGCUUCCUUCCCGCGGGGCCCGCCGUCGGAUGGCUGCGCCCUGGGUGCCUCCAGCGGUGUGCCAGUGCCCGGCUACUUCCGCCUCUCACAAGCCUAUGGCGCGGCCAAGGGCUACGGCGGCGGCGGGGGCGGCGGCUCACAGCAGCUCGGCGCCGGCCCAUUCCCAGCGCAGCCCCCGGGUCGCGCCUUCGACCCAUCUUCUGCGUUGGCCUCGGGCUCGGCCGACGCAGCGCGGAAGGAACGAGCCCUCGAGUCCCCGCCGCCCCCGACGCUGGCCUGUGGUGGCAGUGGUGGCGGGGGCUCACAGGGGGACGAGGAGACCCACGCGUCGUCCUCCGCCGCUGAGGAGCUGUCCCCGACCCCUUCGGAGAGCAGCAAAGCCUCGCCCGAGAAGGACGCCCUGGGCAAUUCCAAAGGUGAAAAUGCAGCCAACUGGCUGACAGCGAAGAGCGGCCGGAAGAAGCGCUGCCCCUACACCAAGCACCAGACGCUGGAACUGGAGAAGGAGUUUCUGUUCAACAUGUACCUUACUCGAGAGCGGCGCCUAGAGAUCAGCCGCAGCGUCCACCUCACGGACAGACAAGUGAAGAUCUGGUUUCAGAACCGCAGGAUGAAACUGAAGAAAAUGAACCGAGAAAACCGGAUCCGGGAGCUCACAGCCAACUUUAAUUUUUCCUGA